AUGCAAACCACUUCCUCAAUUUCAACUUUUCCUUCUUUACCCACCGAAGUGUCUGAACAGCCAGAUUCUUCUUCGCCGUCCAGAACUUCAAUUUCAAUACAACCAAACCAAAAUGAAAAUCCUAGUGAGACACCAUCCAAUGCAAUACCAUCUUCUGAAAGUCGAAGCUUUGGCUCUCCCUUAAUAGACACAAAUUCGCCCGAGGUUUCAUCAUCUUCAUCCAAUGCUUCCUCACAAACCUCAAAGCCAGCCGACUCCAUUCGAGAGGUAAAUCCUCCUCAGUUGUAUCUUCACUUAGAAUCUGCAAAUCAAAGAGCGUUGUCCACGUUUGAAGAGAUUGAAAAAUGCGUUUAUUCUGGACAUCUUGGUGAGCCUCCUCAAAAUGAGGCAAUGACCUGUGAUUGUAGACCUCAAUGGAUGGAUGGUGUUAACAUCGCUUGUGGCCCCGAUUCCAACUGUAUCAAUCGAAUGACUUCUAUUGAGUGCACAGACGACAAUUGCUUUUGCGGACCUCAAUGUAGGAAUCAACGAUUCCAACGCCGCGAAUUUGCUCCCGUGGACGCUUUUCUAACCGAAAAGAAAGGAUUUGGCCUCCGAGCAAUUGCGGAUCUUCAAAGAUAUACUUUUAUAUACGAGUACAUCGGUGAGGUUAUUCCAGAACAGAAGUUUCGGAAACGCAUGGUCAAGUAUGACGAAGAAGGCAUCAAGCAUUUUUACUUUAUGAUGCUUCAAAAAGGUGAAUAUAUAGAUGCAACGAAAAAGGGGUCAUUAGCACGCUUUUGCAACCAUUCCUGUAACCCGAAUUGCUACGUGGAUAAAUGGAUGGUUGGUGAUAAACUUCGCAUGGGUAUAUUUAGCAAAAGAGAUAUCCUCCGCGGUGAAGAAUUGACCUUUGACUACAACGUUGACAGGUAUGGCGCUCAAGCACAGCCUUGCUACUGCGGUGAACCUUGUUGUGUGGGCUAUAUUGGUGGUAAGACUCAAACUGAAGCACAAUCGAAAUUACCUGAAAGUGUUCGUGAAGCUCUUGGGUUAUCAGAAGAAGAAAACAGGGAUAGUUCAUUCAAUCGUAAACAACGCCGUAAAAACGCUGUAGAGGAUCUUGCUCAAUUAAUUCAAGAGGUUAAGGCUACUCCCCUAUCACCGGAGUCCGCUACAAAGGUUGUUGGUGUCCUUCUACAAACUAAAGAUGAAGCACUGAUUCGAAAACUGAUGGAAAGGAUUUUUUUGACGACCGAUGUCUCUGUUUGCAGAUGCAUUAUUGCUCUGCAUGGCUAUAAUAUUUUUGGAACAAUUUUAAACAACUUUAAAUUUGAUCCUGAAUUCAUCAUUCGCUGUCUAAUUACUAUGCAAAAUUGGCCUCGGCUUACUCGAAACAAAAUACAAGAUUCUAAUAUCGAGCCAGUGGUCAACCAGGUCUUUGACCAUUCAGACAACGAAGAAGUGAAGAAGGCUGCCGAAAACCUAUUGAAUGAAUGGGCAUCUUUAGAACUGGCAUAUCGCAUUCCUAGGAGAAAGGUCACCUCACAGCCGUCUCAGGAUGAAGGUGAUAAGGAAAUCAACACGGAAACGAAUUCUGAAAGUGCUUCUCCUAUAAAGCAGGAAGAUACACCAGAACUAGACAACAAUUCGCCAAAAAUUUAUCGGUCCGAUAGUGAAAGUAGGAGUUCUAGCAGGUUCGAAAAAAAAAAAGAAUAUCCUGCUCAAAGAGGCCAAUACCAUAAGCGUCCCUCGCUUCACAAAUAUCACCGCAUGUCAAAUGGUAGCUCUUAUUUGGACGUUCGCAAUUUUAAUAAUGAACCUGAACCAACCAAAACUAGCGCUCCGGCUACUCCAAAAAUUGAUUUGAGCCAAGUUAUAUCUGCCGCCAUGGAUAGCGUAAAUCACAAGAGGCUUGCUAAAGAACGAGAAGAAGAAGAAGAACGACUGCAACAGCAGAAAAAGGAAGAAAAAAGGAGAAUAGCUUACGAAGAAGCCCAAAAAAAGCAAGCCAAAAAACAGGAGCGAAAACAAACCCACAAAGAUGAUAGGUCAAAUAGUCCUAAGGAGCACCAUCUGCUCUCGCAUUCACCGGCUGCACUCUCGUUCAAAUCACAAUUGGCGAAGUUUUUUGCAAAUAAAACGGCACGAUAUCAAGAGAAGCUUGGAAAAUCAGAAUUCAAAGUUCGAGUCAAGAAAAUGACCGAAAUUAUGUUAAAAAAACAUAUACAACUCGUUAACAAUAAAAAAGAACGAGCUCUUCCUACUGAGUUGUCUGAUUCUCAACAGUCCAAAUUGAAAGCAUGGGCUUUCCAAUACCUUAAUUCAGUAAUGGAACGCGGGGGAGAUCAUAGUAGCCCUUCAGAAACGCCCAAUACUGUCGAAAGUCAUUUGAAGCGCUCCAACUCGCCAACAGAUGAAAAUGAUUCAACAAAACGCCUUCGGCCUGUAUGA